AUGAAAGCUUCUACUAAAAGAAAAUCAAGAUCUUCAUCUAUUAUUACCAUCAUCACCACCACCAACGCCACCACACCAAUCAUCACCAUCACCAACGCCACCACACCAAUCAUCACCACCACCAACGCCAACACAACAAUCAUCACCACCACCAACGCCACCACACCAAUCAUCACCACCACCAACGCCAACACACCAAUCAUCACCACCACCAACGCCAACACACCAAUCAUCACCACCACCAAAGCCACCACACCAAUCAUCACCACAAACAACGCAACCAAAACAAUCAUCACCACCACCAACGCAACCACACCAAUCAUCACCACCACCAACGCCACCACAACAAUCAUCACCACCACCAACGCCACCACACCAAUCAUCACCACCACCAACGCCAACACAACAAUCAUCACCACCACCAACGCCACCACAACAAUCAUCAUCACCACCAACGCCACCACAACAAUCAUAAACAUCGCCAGGAGACAGAUCAGCAAACUUUAG